AUGUCUCUUGAGGAGGAGCUGAAGAUCCGCCACGAUUGCCGGCCUGGACUUUCCCUCGCUGACUUUGAAUUCGGGUCGGUACAUCAGCUCUUCCGUCGUCAGGCUAACAGAACACCAAAUCUUCCUGCAAUCGAGGGCACCGGAGAAUACGUGCUAACGUACCGCGAACUGGACUUCAUGUCUGACCUGAUGGCCACAGACCUGGGCCUUCGACUUUCGGGUGUGGCCUCGUAUCCGCUCGACACCGGCUUGGUUAUGGACUGCGGCGUUGUCAUAGGAAUCAUGAUGGAGAGAUCACCUGCUAUCGUGGCUGCAGUUUUGUCGUGCUGGAAAGCUGGAUUUGCCGUUGUUCUAGUUGAUCCCAACCAGCCCAAGUCAAGGAAUGGUCACAUCAUUGAGGACUGCGGUUGCAGUCUCCUGAUCGUGGACAAGUCGCAACGCUACGGCGCCACGGAAAUGAACUCUCACUAUCUGCCUUUUCAUGACGAGCCUACCGGAACUCUGCCGCCCUAUCAUUCACUUCCAAACUCUGAUUACUCUCUCUACAUCCUUCGACCGGGUACUAUGGAGCUCUGCCCGCUUUACAUUCCAGGAGAAAUAUGUCUCAGCUCAACAUGGAUGAGUUCGGGGUAUAUUAACAGACCCGGUGCAACCUCACAGGUCUUUGCGCCUCAUCCAUUCCCAGGAGACGCCGGUCACACCUAUAUCUACAGAACUGGAGACAUGGGCAUGUUUGUUGGUGACCAAGCCUUCGUCUUACUAGGCCGAGUUGACUUUCAAUUCAAGAUAGACGGUAACCGCGUACAGCCGGAGGAGAUCGAGUACAUCAUCAGCCAGUUACCGCACGUGAUCAGGUGCAGAGUCAUACUUAUCGAGCCGUCUGUAGGACGUCCGGUCAUUACGUGCUGUGUGGUUCUGGCUGAUAUCCUGACCGCCGAUACUGAUGCCGAUAGCUUCUGGGCAGACUUCAUUUCCAAGGCCGAAGUGGCUUGUUCUGAUCAUUUACCGGCAUACAUGAAGCCACAUAGAUGGCUGCGCUUUGACAAGUUCCCCGAAACUCCCACGGCAAAGACAGACACAGCCGCUUUGACCAGGGCUGCUAAGAGUAUCAUCGACAACGGAAGCCUGGUCAUGACAGAUGGUCAUCAGCAAGAGGAUUCAAAAUUCAUCCUUGGCAACGGCAAAAUCUUUCUGGACUUGGCCACAGAAAUCCUGGCUGGCUCAGACUUUGAUGCAAUCUCCCUGGAAGACUCUCAAAGUAUUCAGGCUCGGUCUUUCAUCGAAAAUGGAGGCACGUCCUUGCUGUCUCUCCAACUUAGGGCGCAACUGCGUAAACGAGAGAUAGAUCUACCCAUGGCGACGCUCUACAGUACGCGAAGUCUUGCAGACGUGGCUUUAACGCUCUCUGCUAAGGAUGAAGACGCCUUUGAAGCGGCCUUAGUCAAAUCCGUCAAACCAGUUCCAAGCGCAACAAACGGCCUGCUGCGGAGAAUGGCCUUGGAUACCAAGUGCGGUUUUGAGAGCUUCGAAGCCGUAUUUCCGAGCACUAUCCUCCAACGAGAGAUGUUCAUAACCAGCAUGCUGGAACCCAAAUCAUGGAUGUUCUAUCAGUUCUUCGACCUCUCUCAGUCCGACUGCACCGAGGCCCAACUUCUCGAAGGAAUCCGCCUACUGGUGUCGAAGAAGCAGAAUUUAAGGACCGUCUUUUCUCUUCUAGAUGUGUCGGUCAACCCAAAGACAGUCGAAACCCCUGACAGCGCCUUCGACCUGAUCAAGAAUGCCGAAUUCGUGCAGGCUGUGCUCAAGCCAUCCGAGUUGGAGAUUGACCUCUCCCAGAACACCGAGAUCGUAGACCCCGACAUUCAUCGCAUCAAAGAUUCGAUGAGACCCUGGUCAUUCCUUCGACCGCUCUGGAGAGUAGCAUUCUUGUCGAAGCCGCGGCUUCUCGCAUGGACUUUUCACCACUCAAUUGUCGACGCAUGGGUGGCACGUAACAUUGCAGAAGACCUUCACGCAAUUCUUGCGUCCAUAAUCCAGAGAGACAGCUGCCAGGGAGGAUGGCAGCGCUUCUUGACCGAGGCGUGCGAGAAUGCGGCGAGGCCGUCAAUGGAGCAGUGGGCGCUGAAAACAUACGGCGUUGAUGGCUUAGGCAGUUCCCCAGAUUCUGUCUUACAGAAGCACAUGAGAAUCUGGGAAGACUUCAUGACCGGGGCACGAGCGACUCCGAUACCUGAUGAAGGAAAGCUUCCCCCUCAAGCCCUUCCAGCCCCUCCUCUCUUCAAAAGAAUUAAUUCCCUCCCGUAUGGCAACUGGUGCCGGAGUCACCACAUCACACCUGCUGCGCUGAUCCACGCCGCAACCUCUCUGACAAUAGCCCGUCUAUUGAAAUGGUGGCAACCAGGAGGGCCGCAAGAAAUGCCGGAAGAAGUGGUUUACUAUCGACUCAGUGCCAACCGCGCCGACAUCGAGGACGCAUCUGAGAUGGAGGGGGCUCUAAUAUCCAUCAGUCCUAUCCGAGUCCCUGUCCCCGCCGAGGCCGACAUCGUGGACAUCUCGCGGCGCGCCUUUAGCAACUGGCUGGCGACACAAGAAUCGGAUCCGUAUUACCAGGACGGGUAUCUCGUUGCCACGGGUCCCGAGGCGACGGCGAGGCAGCGGCGUUGGGGUAACGUGCUUCUCAAUCAUAUUGUCAAUCAAGAAGAAGAAGAAGGGCAGUCUGCGGCCGCUCUGCGGGGAGUUGUCGAGGAUCGAUGCGGUUAUGCGAUGGUCUGGCCGUUCGCGGCGUUGGAGAUGACGGUCGUAGAGACAAAUUCUUCAAAGGCUGACAGUCUCCAGUUGUGUAUUCUUUCCACACUGAAACAACGGGAUACUGAGGAGUUUAUGGAUAUAUUUGCUAGGAUUCUCGAAGGAGCAGUAAGGUCUCAUGGGGUUUCAAGUGCUAAAGAGAUUGUUCGGCAGGUUUGA